AUGAGUCUGCGGUCUGUCCUGUCCAACCUGUCGAAGGACAUUUUCAAGGAAGUGGAGGCCAUCGUCGUCGACGAGGGGAAAUUAACGGACGAGGCGAUGCUGGCGCUGAAUUCGGUGUUCGGCGCCGUCCUGGAGCGGGCGCUCGCCAUCGUCGACAAGCCGAACUCGGUUUGCGAACUGCAGUCGCCGAUCGGAAGAAAGCUGGUGCAGGUUUCGGGCACGUCCAAAGGGGUGUACACCCUGUACCCUGAGGAGAACUACUGUCCGUGUCCGGCGUUCCAGUUCUAUGUGCUGGGCGCGAACGCCAGCGAAAUGACGUGCAAACACGUCCUGGCCGCGUGGUUGGCGCGGAUUCUGGGCAAGGCGAGGCUGCUGACCAUCGGCGAGGAAACGAUGACCUCUCUGCUCACCUCUUUGCUCACCGAAGGAACCAAAGACUCGUGA